CUAGUGGGGACCACGCCCCCGAUGCUGCGGCCGGUGCUCUCCUCCGCCGACGGUCUUUCGGGCAGGGACUGAGGCUGAGGCCUGGCUGCGGGGACGCGGACGCCACUUUGGGGUAAGAGUCGCUGCCGGGCCGCUCGUCCGUCCCAGGGAAGACUUGGGGGCACCUGCCGGCACAGGCCGGAGAGCCGUGCCCGCCGCACGCGCCCAGUAACUGUCCAGGAAACGGAGCCCGGUUGGUGGCUGGGCCUACACCUAGUGGACGCCCAGGAGCAUUUGCCGGCUGAACCGGUGGGUCUCGCCACCGAAUGCAGAGGGCGAGCUCAGAGAGGCGGUUGAUGGCCCCCAACCCGGGCGGAGGUGAGACUUUGUGCGUCGCUGUGCUGGGACAUCGAGGGCACAGUACGUGCAAGUGUCCUGGAAUCUGCAUCUCAUCUCACUGCUCCUCUUCCAACCCGUCACGAGUGGCCUCCGCCAAAAAAUAAAUACAUAAGUAAAAAUGUCUUCCCGAGGCUGUGCUGGAAGCCUCCCGGCCAAAUAAUGACAGUCCCAUGUUCGAAGACAGGCAAGCCUGAGGCAGGUCUGGUGCGGAGACACGCAAAGAGACAGGGUGUCAGCCCUUUUAUCGGUGCUACUGUGUGAAGGAACUCUGGCUAGUCUGCUGGAUAGUGAGACCAUAUGCAGCAGAAACAAACGAUCCCAGCAAAGAUGAGACCGCUGGAAGAACCACCCAACUGAGCCCAGCUCAACUUGCAAAAAAAAAAAAAAAAAAGGUGGUUGUUUUAAGCCAGAAAAACAUUUUAAGGUUAAGAUUCCUUAGAAUAUGUUUCUACAACACCUUAUGAUGCUCUGUAAUAUUCUCACACGUGGGUUUCUCAUGCUGGAUAAUAAAACUCUAGGAGCAUAGGGUCUCUAUUGGUCUUAUUAUUUUAUCCCAGUACUCAGCCUGGUACAUAGUGGGUGCUCAAUAAACAUGAAUGGUUGAAGGGAUUAGAUCUAUGGCGGGGGCAGGCAGGGUGGGGGGGAGUCUCACCAAAUUGCAGAAGUUGCCUCUAGGAAUAUGUUCCAAAGUGCACUUCAUUCUCAAGUCUUUUGGCCAGUGGUGGAAAGAAGGUGAAUUGUGAUGUAUGUGGAACAUGGGACCUUGAGGAGUUCCGUAACCAGGAGGAGAAAGAAGUAACAACAGCUAGUGGAGACAAAAAGAACUGCUUCUCCCUUCUUCCCCCUCCACGUUUCUAGUGAGAGUUGAGCCCAGCAUCCCAGACUUGUGUGACUAUAUAGGCAAGCUUUCAAAGACUAACUUUACUUUGGUACCCUAGCCCUCAUGGCUUUCUGAGCAGAUAAUAGGCUUUUAAGUAGCAAAGCUCCCUGCUCUCAGAAAGCCCAACACCAUGCGGAAGGGAGACACCCUGGAGGUAGCACCACCCACCUCAGCCUACCGCUCUGUCAUGGAGGAGUAUGGUUACGAGGUGGGCAAGGUCAUUGGCAAUGGCUCCUAUGGGACGGUUUAUGAGGCUUACUACACAAAGCAGAAGAUCAUGGUGGCUGUCAAGAUCAUCUCAAAGAAGAAGGCCUCUGAGGACUACCUUAACAAGUUCCUGCCCCGUGAGAUACAGGUAAUGAAGGUCCUGCGGCACAAGUACCUCAUCAACUUCUAUCAGGCCAUCGAAACCACAUCCCGAGUAUACAUCAUUCUGGAGCUGGCUCAGGGUGGUGACGUCCUUGAAUGGAUCCAGCACUAUGGGGCUUGCUCUGAGCCCCAUGCUGGCAAGUGGUUCUCCCAGAUGACCCUGGGCAUCGCCUACCUGCACAGCAAGGGCAUCGUGCACCGCCUGACCCCCAGCCUUUCUGCUGCUGGUAGGGACUUAAAGUUGGAGAACCUGUUGCUGGACAAGUGGGAGAACGUGAAGAUAUCGGACUUUGGCUUCGCCAAGAUGGUGCCUUCUAACCAGACUGUGCAUGGUAGCUCUUCUUACCGCCAUAUGAACUGCUUUACCCACCUCAGCCGGACCUACUGUGGCAGCUUUGCUUAUGCCUGCCCGGAGAUCUUGCUGGGCUUGCCCUACAACCCUUUCCUGUCUGACACCUGGAGCAUGGGCGUCAUCCUCUACACUCUAGUGGUGGCCCGGCUGCCCUUUGAUGACACCAAUCUCUUAAAGCUGCUGAAAGAGACUCAAAAGGAGGUCACUUUUCCACCUAACUACUCCAUCUCCCAGGAGUGCAAGAACCUGGUCUUCCAGACGCUAUGCCAAGCCACCAAGCGUGCCACCAUCCUGGACAUCAUCAAGGAUCCUUGGGUGCUCAAGUUCCAGCCUGAGCAACCCACCCAUGAGAUCAGGCUGCUUGAGGCCAUGUGCCAACCCCCCAGCACCACUAAUCGGCACCAGUCCUUGGAAAUCAAUACCUAAAAGUGGUUAAGGGAGGGAGUUGAGAGAGGAGCAAAGCAGGAGGGUCUGGGGCUAACGAUCUUUUCUACCAAAAAUAAAUCUAUACCUGAUUUAGUUUCAUCAGGAGUCAAAGACACUCUUUCCUCAAGGGAACUAGCAGGGAACACUACUGAGUCUAAGAGGUGGAUUUCUAACCAGUCUGUAACUGGUCAUCUUGACACCUAUUAAAGUCAACACUGUAAUUCAGUAUAUAGCUCACAUGUGGCUCAGGGGGAGAGGGUGCUCAGAUGAACAUCCCUUUCGGGAAGUUUCAUUAUUCUAAGUAAAUGCUUAUUAUUACACAUCUCUGUGCAUUCUAAAUGUUCAAGCAGUGGGGCAGAGGCCCUGGUUGCUGUUUGGCCAUGGCUCUCCCUGUUUAUAA